AAUUCCUACCGAUUUUCACGUGACAAGGCUAUCAGUUCUUUUCGAGAUAUGACGACACUGCUUCCCGCCUUUUGUUUGGCUUGAUUUGAGCCUUCUUCCAACUAACGCUCGACGGAACUUCAUUUCUUUCUCCCGAAUUCUGUCACUGAAUAAAUAAAUAAAUAAUACUACAAACCAUGAAGGUAUAUUUUCAGAGGUAGGCGCAAAUAUGAACAGGCGCAUCUUGUUCAACCCUACGAGCGUGCCGGCGUUACGUACCCCGCGCUCUCCCAGGCCUCAAACGCGUGCUUUUGGCAAUGUCGGGAAUUUUGCUAGAGUCGGCCUGAAAGAACUGAAGUAUGAUAGAUUGAAGGGCAUGAAAGGUGUAAGGAGAGAGAGUACGCAAAUUGGAGAGAAUGAAAGUGGGCAUAUUACUGCUGGAACUAAUGAGGGAAUCCUGUUCUUGGAUAAUAUUUUUCCAAUAAAGCUCGGAUGGCUUCUUCGAAUACCUUGGUACGGAAGAAUGGAUUCAGGCCUACCAGAUAUUCUUUAUCGGUUCAAUAAUAAAGUGUUUUCCAAAUACGAUCCUCUGAGUUUAGUGGAGCGUGCGAUACCCUCCAGCGUCCCUUUAAAAGUGACAGAGAUUCUACCCCGACUUAAGGAGGGGGGCGCGUUCAUCAAGUUCUCACACGAUCGCAGCAUAACGGCUCAGGAAAUAGAAGCGCUUAUCUCAGGAUAUUUGAAGGAGAAGCCAAUCAAGCCUUGGUUCAACCCCUUUCGACAAAUGCGAGCAAAACUUGUACGCGGCAAACCAUGGCUCGAGGAUUUGUACAGAUUCCCAAGCACUCGAAUCCGCGUUGAAUUUGUGCCUUCUACCCCUGGCGGCGAAGUAGCCGAACUUUCACAAGAGGUUAUUUACAGCUUGUUCCGGAAAUAUGGAAAAAUUGCAGAGAUAUCUUCACAGCCGUCGGAUUCCAAAGUUCUCCCAAAGUUUGCUAUGCUUGAUUUUGCUAAUAUUAGGCACUCGAUCAUGGCUAGAAAUUGCUUGCAUGGCUUAAAAGUUACUGAGGAACUGGGUGGUGGAAAAUCUGGCACCAUACUUCGACUGUCAUUUGAGGCUAAGAUGCAAGCCCAUCAUAUCAGAGAAUGGCUUACCAGUCACCCACGUGUCGUUAUUCCAGCUGUAGCCGCUAUCCUUGCUACUGUAACCGUCGCGGUUUUUGAUCCAAUUCGAACCUUUUUUAUCAAGGCACAUAUCGAUCAUGCUUUCAGUCUGAAGGACAAUAAGAUCUAUGCAUGGUUCGCAAGUCAAGCAAAGGACGUUUUCUCUUUCCGUGUGCACAAAGCAGAAGAAGCAAGCCUUAGUGCCAUUUGGGAUGAUAGAAAGCAAGCCAUUGAAGAUUUACAAACUUGGCUUAUGGAGACUGCCGAUACUUUUAUCGUUGUACAGGGUCCAAGAGGAUCAGGCAAGAAAGAGCUCAUCAUUGAUCAAGCUCUUAAAGGUCGACCAAAUACUUUACUUAUAGAUUGCAAACCUAUCCAGGAAGCAAGGGGCGACUCGGCCACUAUUGCGGCAGCCGCUGCCACCGUUGGAUAUCGUCCGGUUUUCUCCUGGAUGAACAGUUUUAGUAGUUUGAUAGAUUUGGCUGCACAGGGUACAAUUGGCGUUAAAUCUGGAUUCUCAGAAACCUUGGACUCACAGCUUGCCAAAAUUUGGCAAAACACUGCAACUGCUCUAAAACAGGUGGCCUUACAAAACCGAAAGAAAGAUGAUAAGGACGCCAAUUUGGCCGACGAUGAUUGGCUUGAAGCACAUCCAGAGCACAGACCUGUGGUCGUCAUUGACAAUUUUCUACACAAGAAUGAGGACAGUAGCAUUGUUUAUGAUAAGAUCUCGGAAUGGGCAGCUGGUCUCACUACUUCUAAUAUUGCUCAUGUCAUUUUCUUAACAAAUGAUAUCUCUUACUCUAAGUCCUUGAGUAAAGCGCUUCCAGAUCGAGUUUUCAGACAGAUAGCGCUCGGUGAUAUCACACCACAAGUAGCCAAGAAAUUCGUCAUCAGUCAUCUAGAAAAUGAUCCAGAAAACCCUAAAGACAACACGGAGAAGCUUUCAGAAUCUCAACGUCGAGAAGAUCUUUCAGAACUGGAUGAGUGCAUCGAAGUCCUGGGAGGCCGACUGACGGAUUUAGAAUUCUUGGCACGUCGACUGAAAACUGGACAAACUCCGAAACGCGCCGUAGCUGAGAUUGUCGAGCAAAGCGCCUCAGAGAUCAUGAAAAUGUAUCUAUUAUCUGCUGAGAAGGGAGAUCGGAAAUGGUCAGUCGAGCAAGCAUGGUACCUGGUCAACUCUCUUGCUGAGAACGAUACUCUACGAUAUAAUCAGGUCUUGCUCUCUGAUACAUUCAAGUCAUCCCUUAUGUCGUCGGCAUCAAACGGAGAGAAUGUUCUCGAAGCACUCUCCGCAGCGGAAUUAAUCACAAUCAAGACCUUCAAAGGUCGUCCACAAAGUAUUAAAGCUGGGAAACCAGUGUAUCAAGCUGCCUUCAAGAUGUUAAGCGAGGAUCGCGUAUUACGAAGCAGACUUGACUUGGCAGUUCUUACCGAGCUAACUAAGAUCGAGACGAAGAGUAUUGAUAAGUAUGAGAAUGAAUUAGUCAUGCUCGGUACUUUACCUAAGCAGCCUCAUGAGGUUGGUCCUCGUAUCCAAUAUCUGUUGGACAAAUUAGCGGCGAGUCAAAGAAAGGUUGAGGCUUGGGAAAAGGAAAUGGGAUCUUUGAAGAAAGUUUUGAUGGUCGAAUAUUGAGAUAAAAGAGCAUCAUAUCUAGUAUAUACCCAACUCAAUUAAUGUAUAAGUUUGUCAAUUUCAAUUUGAAUUGUGGUCUAACAUCUUGGUGAUAAGUUAGACUACAAAAUGUUCUAAUGUUUGAGCAUGGGAUCUAUAUAACUGGCUAAUUUUAAUGACUAUCCGCGAUAUGGCAUGCAUCUCAAUCAUGUCCUUCAUAAUCAGCUUCUCGCCACUGAUGAUCCUAUUCUCAGCUUGAUAGUUUGAAUAUAGCCGGUGACAAGCACCCACUGUACCAGUUACAUGGUUGAAUAUUCGCAUGGUUCCAUUCCUUUAAAUCACUUUGCUUGAAUUUGAUUCACUGGUUCGAGAUCACAUCAGAAAUCAAAGAUCAAUCAAGGACAUUUAUUGAGGGUUUUUUGUCAGGUCUACUCCAUUAGAGGAUCACUUCAAAUUAUUGAAUGUGUUUUGUCAUACAAUU